CACAUUUCCGGGAAUAUGUUGGGAGGAAAUUCAUUCUGUACAAGAAGCCGAAUCAGAGAGAGAGUCCCAUCCAGCCUAACCAUGACCGAGGAAUCCAUCAUCCGUAUCCCCCCCUACCACUACAUCCAUGUUCUGGACCAGAACAGCAACAUCUCCCGCGUGGUGACCGGACCCAAAACCUACAUCCGACAGGACAAUGAGAGGGUUCUCUUUCACCCGGUCCGCAUGGUCAUGGUGCCUCCACGUCACUACUGCGUGAUUCAGAACCCAGUAUCACGGGACGCCGGUCGCAAUAUUGAGUACGAUGACGUAGGGCAGGCCAAGCUGCGUCAUGGAGACCAGGAGAUACGACUGGCGCAGGAUCCCUUCCCUCUGUACCCAGGGGAGGAGUUGCAGCUGAAUAUCACCCCACUGACUGUGGUCCUCGCCAACACCGCCCUACACCUAAAAGCCCUGCUGGACUUUGAGGAUGACAAUGAGAAGUCUGUGGCCGGUGACGAGUGGCUGUUCGAGGGUCCAGGAACUUACAUCCCCCGGAAGGAGGUGGAAGUGGUACAGACCAUCCAAGCGACAGUGAUCAGACACAAUCAGGCCAUCCGCCUACGGGCACGCAAAGAGUGCCAGGACCGAGAGGACCGCGCCAGAGUCACUGGGGAGGAAUGGCUGGUGAAGAAGGUCGGGGCCUAUCUCCCGGGUGUAUAUGAAGAGGUUGUGGACAUUGUAGACGCUUUUGUCCUGACAGACAAGAAAGCUCUACACAUCCGAGCCACCAAGACGUUCCGUGAUGACAAGGGGAACCUGCGGCGGACUGGAGAGGAGUGGCUGGUCACCAUGGAGGACGCGGAGGCCUAUAUACCCAAUGUGUACGAGGAGGUGGAGGGAGUGGUGGACAUCACAACGCUCAACAGCCGGCAGUAUUGUGUUAUCCUAGAUCCUGUGGGGGCCGAUGGGAAACCACAGCUCGGGCAGAAGAAAGUCGUGAAGGGGGAAAAGUCCUUCUUCCUGCAGCCUGGAGAAAGUCUGGAGUCCGGAAUCCAGGAUGUGUACAUUCUGUCUGAAGAGGAGGGUCUGGUCCUGAGAGCCCUGCAGGUCCUGGAGGAGAAGGACGAGGAUGGGAAUGAAGUGGAGCGAAAACCUGGAGACCGCUGGAUGAUCCGGGGUCCCCUUGAGUAUGUGCCCCCAGUGGAGGUCGAGGUUGUGGUGCGGAGAGACUCCAUCCCUCUGGAUGAAAAUGAAGGGAUAUACGUGCGAGACAUCAAAACGGGAAAGGUGCGGGCGGUUGUCGGACACACCUACAUGUUAACCCAAGACGAGGAGCUGUGGGAGAAGGAGCUUCCUCUGAAUGUUGAGGCUCUCCUGGCUUCUGGGAAAGAUCCCGUGGCCGACAGAUCCAACCGUGGGAGCAAACCGCAGGAGGCGCAGCCACGAGACAAAACCAGGGCGGUCACCUACCGGGUGCCGAACAACGCGGCCGUCCAAGUGUACGACUACCGGGAGAAGAAGGCCAGGGUGGUGUUUGGCCCCGAGCUGGUGAUCCUGGGACCCGAUGAACAGUUCACAGUCCUGAGCCUCUCAGGUGGGACCCCCAAACGCUCCAACGUCAUCAAGGCCAUCUGUCUCCUCCUGGGGCCCGACUUCUGCACGGACCUCAUCAAUAUCGAGACUGCAGAUCACGCCCGGCUCCAGAUUCAGCUGUCCUACAACUGGCAUUUCGAUAUAAAGGAUAAAGCCGACCCCCUGGAAGCCUCAAGGAUUUUUAGUGUCCCGGAUUUCGUGGGCGACGCCUGUAAAGCCAUUGCCUCCCGGAUCAGAGGAGCAGUGGCCUCGGUGCAGUUUGAUGACUUCCAUAAGAACUCCAACCGUAUCAUCGCUCGGGCCGUCUUUGGCUUUGACGAAUCGGUGAAGAUCCGGAGUUUCUUCAGGUUUCCACAGAACAACCUGGUGAUCACCAGCGUGGACAUCCAAUCCGUGGAGCCCGUGGACCAGCGCACCCGGGACGCCCUGCAGAAGAGCGUCCAACUCGCCAUCGAGAUCACCACCAACUCCCAGGAGGCCACGGCCAGACAUGAAGCAGAAAGACUGGAGCAAGAAGCCAAGGGGCGACUGGAGAGGCAGCGCAUCACUGACCAGGCGGAGGCGGAGAGGGCGCGCAAGGAGCUGCUGGAGCUGGAAGCACUGAGGUAUGAGCGGCAGGGAUUCAGUUCAGUGGUUUUCUAA